UUUAAUUUAUCUUUAAUCUUUUCUUUCAACAUGAAGCCAGGACCGCUGGAUUUGGGUUAUGCUCGUCCUCUCGAGUUUACCCUGUCGGUCAUCGUGAAAACUAAGCCGAGUCCAUUGGACUUUCAGUUCGCUGCGGAUACACUUGUCUCACAAUGGCCUGUGUUGAAUUUGCGAAUGGACCCAUUGAAAACAAAAUUUCUGGAACCAAAAGAUCCUGGUGAUCUAACAGAUGUCUGGGAAGGGCGAGAGAUGCACCAAGACCUCGAUGAGAUCCUCUACGUAUCCCCUGAGCCGGAUUUCCCACAGAUGAUCGAUACCGAGGCGCUGGAUAAGGCAUUGGAUUUUGGUUACGGGAUUUUGCAGGCAUGGAAGCAGCGAGUCUUCUCCAUCCGAACAGUCUUCUUGAACGACGCCAGCAUAAUAGGAUUCAAGUUCCUGCACUCGCUCUGCGAUGCGAAUGGUGCUUAUGGGAUUAUUCAGGCUUACUGCACUCUACUCCGGGGCGAAAGAAUCAUGCAUACCCUGCACGCUCGACCAUCGCUGUCGCUCAAAUCGGAAGUUCUGGAGAAGUGCGCUGAAAUGAUUGAAUCGCAUCAAAUUGCAGACUUGCACCUGCAUUCUGUGCAUCGAACUUGGUCUGCUGGGAUUGGUGCUUUGGGAAAACAGAUUACAAGGAACAUUUUCUGCCCUUCUGCCCGACGGGUUGGCAGGACCAUGCUGGUACCGCGAGGCCAGAUUCAAGGAUGGGCAAAGGAAGCAGAGAUGCAGAACUCCAAGGUUACCGAUCACGAUUUGUUGGUUGCUUUCAUCUACAAGGCGUCUCUACACCCACCUACUGCCCACAAUUUUGGGCUGGUAGUCGACAUUUCAGAGCAGCUCCAGACUGAAGCUAACCUUUAUAACCCGUGGUAUAUGAUGCCUCUGCCGGACCCAAUGCCAUCUAGCGAAUAUAGUACUCCGUCAAUGACGCGCCUGGCAACACACAUCCGACACACAAUCGACGAGGCACAGCAGCCAGAAUGUAUAGGUGAGGUUGUAGAGCAACAUCGACAGCUCAAGAAGAACCCCAUGGUCCCCAAGACCUACGGUAGCCGAGCCGCGCAACCCCGGAUCGCAUCAUGGAAAGGCCUGCCCCUUUUCGAGAUCGACAUCCAGGGAGAAACCCCGCUUUUUGUUCAGGGCAGUGUCGACUACUGUGGGAUUUUGCGCGAGACCAAGUGCCACUUGGAUGACUUGUUAGUGACGUGGAAAGGACAGGGUCGGGAUGGAGGAGAGGGCGGGUAUUGGAUUCAUGGGAGACUGCCCGAGGCUGUUUGGAAGAGUAUGGCGGAUACUUUGAACUGUUGACAGGUAUUUUCUGUACACGACCGGAG